GAUGUGAUCCCCCAGUGGAGCUUUUCUUACACAGAGAAGCGCUGUUCAUGAGAAAGAUGGUAUUGCUAAAUUAUCCAUAUCCAUGUUCUCCAUCUGAUCCUGGCUAGGAGUGAGUGGGAUUUGCAGGAGGAAAUGUUAGAGAUCACUAUUUCCUUGUGACAUUCAUUUGGAUUAAAGCUGGUGCUCCACGGAUGUUCCUCCUUUGUGGCUUUUUUUCCCUAAAAAUAUGGUUUGUGUUCAGUUCUUAGUGGCCAGAAAAUAGAUUCUUUGCCUUUGUGUGUGCACAAAUCUUAGCAUGUUAUCUGCAAAUGACAGUGAUGGGCAUUGUAUGUAAGGGAGAGUGAGAUCUAGAGGUGGUUUGUAUGGUUUUGCUCUUUAAGAGAUGAUGAUUUAUGAUUUACUUUUGGGGGGGUUGUUUUGUUUGUUGUUUUUUUCAGGAGGAGAAUGAGUGGGGCUUUUGUUUAUUGGAGUUUUUUAUUUGAUUAUGAUGAUUACUAUUAUUAAAUUUUGGAGUAUUUGUUCCUGACAUGCUUUUUUUUGAUACAUAUUCUGCAUAAUACUGUUAACUUGUGCAUAUUACCAACACUAUGUAAAAUUAUAUCUGAUAAUCAAAUUUUCCCUUCAUUACCUUUAAAAAUGCCAUUCUAGUGACCACAUUCUUUUAAAUUAUAGAAAUUAUAGAGAACACAUUUACCUUUACUCCUAAGUAAAACACUCAGCUCAGCUAAUUGAGGGUUUCCUGGUCAAAGCAGGUGUAUUUUAGGUUGAGUAUCAUUAUCUUUAAGCUUGCAAACUUUGAUGUGAUUAUUCCUCUUGUUAACUCUCUUUUCAAAAUUGCCUCCUGUUAAUGUUUAGCAGUUUGUAUUUGGAAAGAGCAGGUUGAUAACUUUAGUUUAGAAAUAUUUGUGAAACAACACUGGGUUUCAAAAGUAAAUUUUAGCAUAGUUACUUAACUAGAAAAAGUCUUUUUUUUCUUUGCCAUCUUUCUUGGGGGAUAAGAAUGAAUGGCGCUUCCCUGUCUUCAGUAAAGGAGAAAAUUGUCCUCAAGAAUCUUGGUUUUUUUUUUCUUUGCCUGAAAAAGAUCUUCAGUAUGAUAUGAUGUAGUUCAGAUAAGAAACAUUUUUAGGUCUUUUCCUAAAAAAUGUCCUAAAAAUGGAAGAUGCAUAGGAACCCAAAAGAAAGUCUUUCACAGUUACUGCUAUUCAGACAUUUCAUAGAGAUAAAACUGUUUCAAAAGCUUGUUUUGUGUUCACUUCAAAGGAAAUUUUAGAUGUUGUGCUUCCUUACAAUAAAUCUGAAAGGAUAUGUGUACACACUGAUAGGGAAAACAGUUUAUAUAGAUACAACUCCAUGGCUUAAUAAGCUCUCUGAAGGCAUUGCUUCAUUAGUUUUCACUUGAUGACUUGCCUUUGGGUUCUCUUGCUUUAAUUUUCCAUUUUUAAACUUAUCUGAACAUUAAAUGUGAAAACCUAAUGAUGUCACAUCAGUCAAGCAGCUGUCAUUUGAGGGCUCUAAAGUUUCUUUUCUCUCCUGCAUUUGAUUCCAAAGUCAUCUUCUUUCACUGAUGCUUGGUAGGCUCAGCUUUGUUCAAUCAGAUUUAAACACCUUGUCUCUCCCCACACACCAAAACAACCCAAGGUUGUGUUGGACACUAAAUUAUAAUUAAUACAGGAUAAUUAAUCAAGAUUAUUUAAAAGCACUUUCAUCAAAUACAGAAAUAUUUUUAAAGAACGCAGAUUCCUUGAACAAUUCUGAUUUUUUUCAUAGAAUCACUGUAAGGAGAAGUGUGAGUUCAGUAGGAAUUGAGGCACUUUCCUGUGAGCUGGACUGACCUGAGCUGCCUGCAGGAAUCCAGAGCUGCUUUAGGCUCCUGGGGUGUCCUGUGGCCUUCAGGAUGAGGGAGCUCUGCAGCUCUUACCUGCCUGCCAAUGCAGAUUUCUGGGGUAUCUCUAAUCUCUGAAAAGGACCAGCCUGCCCUGGAGCCAGGGAAGAGAAUCAAGAUUCCAAGUGGAAAACAGUUCCUAAAGGUUUUAUCUAGGCAGUUUGUGCCUCCACUUGAAAAUGCAGUUUAUUAAUGCAGUUAGUCUUGCUGGGUAGCAUUUGUCUGACUACUUUAGGGAGUAUACAGUGUAUCUGUAGAGCUUAUCUUUAAUAAAAUAUUUUCUUCCUUUACACUUAAAGCUGAAAUUAAAAUGUGUUUUUUUUUUAUACUCCCAGUAAUGCUCAGUUUCUCUAUAAUUUAUCAUUAGGAAAAAUAUUCUUCAAGUGUUUAAUAUGGAAAGUUGUAAAAGGCAAUAUUCAGUGGUAGCCCUUUAGAUUUUUUUUUAAUAUUUAUAUAUAUUUCAGUUUAUUGAAUAAAUUUAGAGAGAGGGAGAUAGUUCAUCUGAGCCUCUUUAGAGCUCUGCAUUUGUUUUCAGGGAUGAGAACUCUGUAUCUUGUACACAUCUAAUGUAGCAGAUAAGGAGUGCAAAUAAGUGAUUUUCUUUUCUAUAACAGUCCAGGGCUAAAAUAAUAGCAAGGAUCCUGACUGUAGGAGUUUUGUUAAUUCAUCAGAAUUCCCUGCUCUCCAGAGAAAAGUUUUAUUUGGAAUAGUGAGACUUUACAGGAAGUAAUCAGGCAGCAAAAUUCUCUUUGGCAUAUUGCACCAGCAAACCAGGCACAAUAAAACAAUGCAAUGCCUACAAGUUGAUUGAAAGUGAUCAGUUUUACUUGAAAUAGAAUCUCCAGACUCAUCUUAAUGUAAACAGGCAUCUGACCCAUCCUAAAAAAUCAUCAGCUUUCUUAGUCAGGAAUUUCUCUGGCAUGAAAGAGUUUGGAGGAUUUAUGGGCAACAGUGAGAACUGGGCAUGGAGAAGGCAGUGGAAGUGAUGUUAGGAAGCUUCAGGGAAAAGCAUGGACUGAGAUCAAAGCUCUGGUGGGGAGUGGCACAGUUCCACAGAAGUGGAAGGAGUCACAAGUGUGUCUGUGGAGUAUCAAGUGCUGGGUUUAAUGCCUGUAGAUUAAUUUCCUCCCCUUUUUUUUCCCUUAAUUGAGUAGGAGCAACAGUUGGGUGGGAAGGAGAAUGUGUAGCUGGGGGAGGAUUGUGAGUUCCAUGCUGUAAAUAGGCCAAGUCUGUUCUCAUGUGCCUGAGAAACAUUUCCUGCUCUGGAGGAACACAGCAUUUUGCAGUGCAGCAGAAAGGAUCCAGAGAGAAUAGAAUCCCUUUAGAUUUGUGAAAUACUGCAAUUUCAGGUUUCAUUACCCAAAGGUUUGUAGCAGUUCAUUGUGGGCAUGUGUUGGAGAGAGUUGUAAGGCACCAGGUUAGAAGUUGGCUCUCUGUGUUUUCAGGGAGCCCUGCUCUGAUUUUUUUUUUUCCCCCUGUAGAACUCUCAGUGAUUUUGCAAGUGUUCUAAAACCAUCUGAGGCUGCUAAUCUCUGACUGUCCUGUUUCCAUGUGGGUCCUGAGAUACAGAAUUUCCAGGAUGGGGCAGAGAUUGACAGGAGCCACUCCAGAAUCUUUUCUGAUCUCCAGUAGCUGCUUUGAAUUGUUGCUGCCAACAUCAGCAGCAGUUACUGGGGGAGCACUGCACAAGCAGAGCCCUGAUAUCCAGGGAUGUUCCUGGAUGUUCCAGCUCAGUGCCUGGAUCCCUUUGGAGCUGUGUGCCCACUUCUCAGUCCUGCCCAUCUGGGAAUAUCUUGUCUCUUCAGAGCCAUUCCAUCAUUCCUGUGGCCAUUCCCCCAUUCCUGUGGCCAUUCCCCACCAGCCAGUGAGGAAAUUCACAGAAUAGUGCAGCUCUGGUGAAAAAUAGGGAAUAAAGUAACAGGAAUGAGACUCCUGAUCCUCCCACAGGCUCAGCUCUGUUCCCCUCUCAUACCAAAUCUGCCAAGCUACAUUUGUAACAAACCACAAGUGCCCCUGCAGAGGGAAGAGUAAAGCAAAACAAAGUAAUCUCUUUGUUAAAAGAGGGAAGUUUUUUAUAAUAAUUAUUUUAUUGCCUUGUUCAGCUGUGGGGUUUGCUGAGGAAUAAGCCUUUAGUGCAGCCUAAAGAGGAGUCCUGGGUUCUGUUCCUUAUCAGUUCAAAUGCUUGGAGUUCUUGCCUCUCUGUACCACAGCUAUUUAAAACUUGAGUGAUUUCCUCUUUCUGACAGAUUUUUUUUUUUUUCUUAUUGGAGUUGUUGUUGGUUUAAUGUGUCUUUCAAGCUCUGCUUUCUUACUCAGAACUAAAUAGGAUUUUUUAUUUUAAAGAUGUUUUAACGUGACACAAUGCCCAGUUCAUAAACUGAAACAAAGGAACCACUUUGAUCUGCUAAAUGAAGGAUAAAAUAAUUUGGGAAGACUCUUGUUUUGAUUUUAAAAAUUAUUUCUGAAUGUUACCAGCUCAUUAAAAGUAGUUCAUACCUUUCUGGUGUCUCAGGUAUUUUUCUAAUCAACAGUUAAUAAUUUCCUUUUUUUACUGAUUUUUUGAGCUAAUUAUUGAACAGUUACUGAUACAAAAAUGAAAAAAUGUCAGAUGGAAGGAGCUGAUGUUGCAUUAUCUUUGAGCAUUAUUGGUACAUGUGCACUUCUCACAUAAGCUUGAUCAAAAGUUUAUGAAAAAAUGAAAACAUUCCCAGGAUACUUUUGUGUGUAACCAGUAACAAAAAUUUCAUUUCAGUGCUUGACUCUGCAGAGAUAAUUAAUCACUGAUAGUUUACUGGGGGGGGAGAGGGGUCUGUGGAUAAGCUCAGCUGAUAAUGCAGUUUUCAAACAUUGCUGCUGCUCAGAAUUGCACCAGAGGACAAAUCCAGUAUCAGCUGCUGCAGCUGUUUGGGCUUUUUUGCACCUGCAAUGUGGUUUUUGUUCUAAAUUCUGAACAGAAACAAUCAAUGCACUUAUUUUAGAGAAACACAGAUUUUUCUUAGUUGUAGAAAAGCUUCAUAGUAGGAGGAGGGUGUCAGCUAAUUCUGAAAUGUUUGAAGCUGUGAACUUGCAGGCUGUGUUUCCUUUGUGAAUCCACACGUUUGUGUGCCAGCCUGGGAAGUUUCUGCUUAGGAGUGGAUUCAGCAGAACCUUUGAACCCCUGUGGAACUGCAAGCUUGUGAAUAAACCCACAGAAAUUGCUUAUUCAUCUGCUUCAAGUUGGGCAUUUUUUGCUGGAGUGAGACUUAGAGGGGAGUGGGGGCAUUCUCUUUCUAACUGUUUGUUUUUGCAGAAGAUUUUGUCUUGAGUUUUCUUUUUGUUUUUAAGGAGAACUUUAGUUUUCAAAGUAUACCUUGUGUUCUAAAGAAAAUUUAGAGCCCUCUUUUAGGCAUCCUUUUUCUGCAUACAACUUGAUUAAUAUGAAUUUAAAACUUGUAUUUAAUAAAACAUAGACUCAGUUUUGUCUGAAAAUGUAUUACAAUUUAUUUCUGCCAUUUUUGUGUAAAAUUUACAGAAACAGUGUUACAUCGUGCGCUCCAAAGGUAAUGUCUCAUUCCUCUAAGGCUGUGUCCUUUCCUUUUCUUUCUGUUUUUAUCUUUCUUGUUUUUCUGAUCAUAUUGUUAUGUGCAUUGAACCCUUUGUUAGGCCUGAGGUUCUUUGGGGGGUGGGUGAGAAGGUGCUUUUAUCAAAAUGAUGAUUUUUCUCUUCAGCAGUAUCUUAAACCAAUUAAACUUGAGUGAAGCAAGGCAUUUUGUCUUUCUGUAAAUAACUUGCAUAACAGUAUCUAUUAAAAGGCAGAUUUUGAAUGGUUUUAUUGAGAAGAGCUCUAUAUAGAAAUAUUCUAAUAAAAUAUUAUUUUGGGUGGUGAACUCAUCAUGAUUUUAGGUUUCCAUAGUUCCAAGACAGGAGGUAGGUUUGCUCCUGGUUAAGUUCUGAAGCCAAAGAAAUAUUCAAGGAUUGAUGCAGAAAACCUGGAAAUUCUCUUUCCAAGUGCAACUUUGCAGAAUAAAUAUCAGAUUACAGCCCUAGCACUGAGGUGAGAAAGAUUUCAAAGGCACCACAAGGAUUUGGGGCUCUGCCUCUCGUGGGAAGUUGUUCUGACCAAAUCCUUGUGGUGCAUCUGGAAGGACUUUGGGACAAAGCUUCUCCUCGUGUUCUCUCUUGGUGAACAAGGAGAGAAGCCCUGUCCAUUUUCUCUCAAAUUGCCAGGGGAGUGGGGAAGCCUCUGCAUGUUUUAAUGCACCAAACACCCCUUUCCCUGCUCAGUAAGGACCAGCCUAAAGGCAGCUCCUGCUUAGGUAAUUUGCUUAAUUAGUCUCCAAUGCUGCUGCAGCAUGGCAGGAGCACCUGCAGCCUCCCCAGCCCUGGGUUUGAGCCUAUUGCUGUUUCUAAAUCUAAACACUAAGUCUUCACUACUAUUGGUUUCAUUGAAGUAACCCACUUCUAUUUUUUCACCCCUUUAAAUCAGCUUCAUAAUUAAACCCACUUAAACUGUUUACUUAACAGCAGGUUGUUAAUGCAGUUAACUCUUGCUUCAAGAGCUUCAAAAGCCAUAAGGAUUUUUCUCUUUGUAGCAAUAUACUGUGUUAGCAAGUAAAAAAUCAAAGAACACCUACUGCUAUUGAGAAAUUUAAUGUUGUGUUAAUAGCAUUUAUUCCCCUGUGUUAACCUAAAGAAGUUUUCUGUAUUAUUCAGUAUUACAGAAGUAGAUGGGCUGGUUGACAUUUGGAGCUUUAAAAAAAAAAAAAUAAUCAAGAGUGUAAACACUCCUGAUUCACAGUUCCACCUUUUGGAAUGUGUUCAGUACUGCAGUGUUUUGUGACCUAAUAGUUCAAAACUCGAGGGAAGAGAAGUGUUUAAGAAGUAAUAUUUUAUUCUAACAGUGAAAACCUGACUUGUUUGUAUCAGAUCUGUGUUACUGUAAAUUUAGAAAAAUCACCUGUGAUUAUUUGAGAGGGGAAAAAGGCUUUAAAAGUACAAUAGUUCUUGGGAGGAGAGAGAGGAAGAAUGUUUUCACAUAUUAAUAAAGUAACUUCAAAAGCUAUUUCUAUUUAAUUUCUCCCCCAAUAUUUGAGCAGGUUCUGAUGUUCUUUACUCAAUAUUCCUGCAUAGCAGGAUCCCCUGUGCAGCAGGAAUUCAGGCUCACUUGGAGAAUUAUCUUUAGUUUGGUUUUGGAAAAGGAUUCACAGCAUUAGAAUCCAAAAGAUUUGUACAAAAGGCAGUUGCAUUUUCCAUUCAGGCUCAGUGUGAGAAGCUGAAAAAUAGAGAGGAAAUCUGCAUUUAUCAGUGAAGUGUAGGUGGUACAGAAUGUCUGUUGUUGAUUUUGGGAAGCCUGUGAGUUUUUGAGCUGAAGUGUUUGAUGAUUUAAGACAGGAAUAUUGCUUUGUAUUCUGAGUCAGGAGGCCAAGCAGGUAAAUGGUGAGUGAGAAAGAAAUGGUGGGAGGUGAGGAGAAGCAGAGAAUCUCUCACAUAUCAUAACUCCUCUUUUAUUAAAUAAACUGUCUUUAAAGUGACCUUGCAAUCUAAGAAGCUAACAAGCUCAGAAACAUUUGAAUCCCACUGGUCACCUAAUAUUUAUCACCAAAUUGUAUCUUCUCUGUGAUUAAAAAUCAUAAAGUUACAUUAAAUGUGUAUUUAAAGACACUUGGAAAUUGUUUGCUGCAUGCAUGAGAUGAUACUUGGUACAGCUUUCAGUAUGCACACUUAGCUAAACUUCAAAUACCAUGUAAAAGUUUUAAGUAAGCCUGUGUGUAUAAUCUGUAAUUUAAAUUUGUUAAUUCCAUGUAUUUAACUGCAUUUUUUCACUAUUUUUGUCUUACCUUCACCUCUUUUUUUUUUUUUUUUUUUUUCUGUGUCAUUCUCCUCUUUUACUUCAUCUGAAUCCCUGAUUUUAUUUUAUUUUACCAUCUUCCCAUCUUGCUGUUUGUCCAACAGAACAACAAAACCUGCUCCUCAUCUGGAUGGUGUGCACGUUGUCUUUGGACUGGUUAUUUCUGGGUUUGAAGUCAUAGAACAGAUAGAAAAUCUCAAAACCGAUACUGCGAGCAGGCCCUACGCAGAUGUGCGAGUCAUUGACUGUGGGGUGCUGGUCACCAGGUCAGCUAAAGAUGCUUUGGAGAAGAAGAAGAAAGUUUGCUCUGACUCAGAUGCCUCAGAAUCCUCCUCCAGUGCAUCCAGCUCUUCAGAAUCCUCAUCUGAGAGCGAGGCUGAGAAUGAAAGGAGCAGGAGGAGAAAGAGGAAAAGAAGAGCUAAAACCAAACAGUCCAGGAAACGAAGGAAGGAGGAGAGGAAGAAAGAGGAUCCAAGGUGCAAGCGAACCUCAAGCCAAAGACGCCUUUCUGACAAGAGCGAUGUCGCUGACAAAGUCGACCUUAGCACAAAGCGGGACAAGCCCGUGGAAGCUUCUUGAUGCUGCACCAGUUCUGACUGACCAGAAACCAUCAGUCUCUAAAUCUGGACGAAAAAUUAAAGGAAGAGGCACAAUACGCUAUCACACCCCGCCGCGCUCCCGCUCCUGCUCCGAGUCGGACGAUGAGGAGAGCAGCGAGACCCCUCCCCACUGGAAGGAGGAGAUGCAGAGGCUGCGCACCUACCGAGCGCCCAGCGGGGAGAAGUGGAGCAAAGGAGACAAGCUGAGUGACCCCUGUACAAGCAGAUGGGAUGAGAGAAGUGCAUCCCGGAGAUCCAGGUCCUGGUCCCAUAACGGUUAUGCUGAUCUGAGCACUGUGAGGUACUCCAGCCAUCACAAGAAGCACAGGAAAGAGAAGAAGAAGGUGAAGCAUAAAAAGAAAUCUAAAAGGCAGAAGCACUUCAAGAAGCACAAGCAAACAAAGAAAAAGAAAACAUCAGCCUCCUCAGAUGUAGAGUCCUCUCAUUCCUUCCACAGGAGGACAAAAUCAUCUUGUGAUCGUGAGAGGAAAUCUCGUUCUUCCUCCUUGUCUUCCAGGCGUUCAUCCAGGAGGGACUGGUCUAAAUCUGAUAAGGAAAACCAGAGCUUGUCAUCUUUAUCAAGCAGAGGGUCUCGAUCAUACUACAGGUCCAGAUCCAGGUCUAGAUCUAAAUCGAGAUCUUACUCCAGAAGAAGUUCUAGAUCGAGAUCAGCCUCUAAAUCAUCGCGAUCUCGAAGUAGGUCACGGUCAAGUUCUAACCCCAGACAGCAAAAGACUGUUCCCAAUUCUCCACGAAAUAUUUCAGCACGGUUAAAUGACACUAAAUUGACCAAGGCUGCUGAGCCUGUCCGAACAGUGAUACUGCCCAGUGACAAGGUUAUCGUGCCACCAGUUGUCCCAGAAAACCUCCCUGUCAUACCCUUAAGUGACAGCCCCCCACCUUCAAGGUGGAAACCUGGGCAGAAACCUUGGAAGCCAUCGUAUGAGCGAAUUCAGGAGAUGAAAGCUAAAACAACCCACUUAAUUCCCACCCAAACUAAUUACAGUUUAGUGGUGGUUAAGGAGGCCAACACCUCUUCCUCCUACCGCAAGCAGGAGAGGAGCUCGGAGAGUGAUCGGAGCGGGUAUUCCAAAGGCCGCAGCGGCAGGAGCUCGGAGAGCUGGCCCAGGUCCAGGAGCAGGUCCUCUCCAAGCCGCUCAUACUCAAGAUCUUACUCAAGGUCUAGAAGCCCAUCGAGCUCAAGGACAAAAUCUCCUUCUUCUGGCAGGUCAGCAUCCCCAGGUAAAUACCGCAGUGACAGGUCGGGGUCCAGCGAGUCCACGUCUGACUACUCCCUCAGCGAUGAGGACAGGCACAGGAGCAAGAGGAAAUCCACAGCCAGUGAUCCCAAAGCUGGGGGCCUCAAACUGAGGCAGGAAACCAGCUCUGAGAGCACUUUGCCUUAUGAGCAUCCAAAGGAUUAUGACGAGUCUUCCCAAGGCCUGAAGGAGAGUGACAGUUUGUCAUCCUCAGACUUCUCCUCCGACAGUGAGCGCUCUGCAAAAGCCAGAGCAGUCCAAGAAAAAGAAGGGGAUGCUGAGAAACAGGAUAAAAAUAGCUUAAAUUCUGAGAGAGGGGAGGAGAAAGCCAAGGGUGAGCAGGAUUCUGAUCACUCCAAAAAGAAAGCAGCUAAGGAGAAAUGCUCUGAGCAGCCCAGAGGUGGUACAAAAACAAAACGCAAAUCCUACUCAGGUAGCAAAUGGGACUCAGAGUCAAAUUCUGAAAGAGGAGAGGCAAAGCGUAGUAGGGGAGACUCCAGACUCUCCUCUGGGAAAGAAGAAGGAGAGGCCACCUCAGGGUCUGACACAGAGCUUAAUGUUACCAAAAGGAUAAAAAAAAAAUCCAGUUCCUCAGAGGGCAUUUUGGGUUCUGACUGCACGAGGAAGACAAGCAAACAGUUGUCAUCUUCUGAAUCUGAGAGCUCUCGUUCCAGCUCAGCAGACACUCGAGGCAAGUCGAAAAAACACAAACAUGGGUUGAAAAAGACUCCUAAAAAAUCACAUUCCAAAAAAGCAAAAGAAAAAUCGAAAGGCAAAAAGGAGAAAAAACACAAAGUCCAGAAAAGAAAAGAAACGUUUCAUUGGCAGCCCCCCCUUGAGUUUGGGGAAGAAGAGGACGAUGAGAUAAAUGAAAAACCGGUUACUAAGGAUGAUAAAAAAGAAAAGCAGCUUAGCAGGGACAUAAAGGAUAAAAAACAAGUUUAUGAAAAGGAUGAAGUAGUCACAGAUAAAAUGGGAAAUGGUGAAAAGUCAUGUGUGAAUGAAAACCUUUUAGAUAAAACCACCACAUGUGGGGCCUCACCAGAUCGCAGCAACCUUAAUAAAGAGCCUAUUGAAACAAGCACUUCAGCUGGUAUUUUAAACUCAGGAAUAAACGUGGCUGCCUGCAAGAGUGAGAUUAAACAAGAAAAUAACCAGAAUGGGCUGGAAGAUGUUAUUCAGACAGAUGACAACAUGGAGAUUUGUACUCCGGAUCGUAACUCGCCAGGGAAGGUGGAUGUGGAUGUUUUGUCUCCUGUCAUUCUCACUGCUAAACCUUUAAGUGCUGGUGUGAAAAAAGAGUUACAGGUUGAGACCCCCGAGCAAGAUGCUGUCAAACUGGGAAACAACAUAAGAGACUUUAUUAAUAUUAAAGAAGAAAAAGAAACGGGAAGGCAAGAAAAUAACUCUGCCCCUGUGUCUGGUGCUAAAGACUGUAGUUUAAAAAAUGAAAUUUCUGAAAAUACACCAAGCAAUAUGAUAGACAAUAAAUGGAAGCCUUUGCAAGGUGUUGGUAACUUAAAACCAGCAACAAUUAGUACAGCCACGGAGGUUAAAAAUGUAGUGUCAGUACCAGAGCCUAAACCAGCAGGUUUAAGAAUUGAAAUAAAAGCAAAAAAUAAAGUAAGGCCUGGGUCUCUUUUUGAUGAAGUGAGGAAAACAGCCCGGCUGAAUCGUCGGCCAAGGAACCAGGAAAGUUCCAGUGAGGAGGAAUCUCCAAGCAGAGAUGACAACAGCCCUUCCAGGAGUCUCAGCAGGUCACGAAGUAAAUCUGAGUCUAAAUCCAGACACAGAACAAGGUCCAUAUCCUACAGUCACUCCAGAAGUCGAUCCCGAAGUUCUACAUACUCAUAUAGGUCCAGGAGCUACUCGAGGAGCCGGAGCCGGGGCUGGUACAGCAGGGAUCGCUCCCGGAGCCGCAGCAGCUCCUACCACAGCUACAAGAGCCGCAGUCGGAGCUAUAGCAGGAGCCGAUCCUGGAGCAGUUCCUAUGGUCACCACAGCCGAUCCAGCAGGUCCUACACCUAUGACAGUUACUACAGCAGGAGUCGGAGCAGGAGCAAGAGGAGCGACAGCUACCGGAGAUCCCGGAGUUACGACCGGAGAUCCAGGUCCUACGGCUCCGACAGCGACAGCGACCGCAGCUACUCCAACAACAGGAGCCCCAGUGAGAGCAGCAGAUACAGCUGAGAACCUUCCUUUGAGGAUGGAAACUGUUUUCCAGAAUUUUUUUCAGUGUUAUAUUCAAAAAAACUGUUCUGACAAUGUCACAAAUGAAGGUUGGUUGCUGAAUUAGCUGAAACUUUCCCGUUUAACAGUGAACUCAACUCUCUGCUUACAGAGAAGGACUGAGCUCGACAGCUGAUGUUAUUUUUUAUUUUUUUUUAAUGUCAAAUGCAACUUUUACAAAAUAAUAAUAAAAAAAUACAGUUUGGUUUCCUUGAAUCAGCUUUUCCAAGCCAUGAAUGACACUUAGGUGAAUUGCUGCCACCACUUUUUGGGUGCAGCAAUCAGAACUGUCUUCAAGUCUGUUUAUAAACACCUUAGGAAAGAUGUGCUAGCAACUAUUAAACUGUGAAGUCAAUUUCUUAAAAAGGCUGCCAUUUCUAGUUGAUGAAAAUGCUUUUUUUAUUGCUGGAAGCUGUUUCCAUGCUGUCUUGUUUGUUGAUGAUUGCAUUCUACACAGGAUAUAGGUAAGCAAAACAAAGCCUGCCACUCUGUCUUAAUCCCUCCUGAACUGUGAUGUUCUGGAAUUCUGCUGGCAAAGGUGAGCUGAUGCUCAGGGGAAUUGUCAAACUGACAAGCAGUGAGCAAAAGUGUGAUAAAUGAAUUUGGAGCUUAAUAUCCCACUUGUCUAAACUUUUUAUGUUUAAAAGAGGAAUUUUGUGAUAAACAGCAAUGUCCUUCAGAGACUGAAAAAGUGUUUCUAAACACUUCCUGAUUUUGAUUCCAGUUCCUAUUACAAUGCUUGGCAUCCUUCAACACAUUUUGAAUGUUGUAAACCAUGAGUGUAUCAUGAGUUUGUCCAAAGCACUCUUUCAAAAACUGACAUGAUGAUAAUUUUUUGCGAAAACCAGCCAUAAAAGAUUCCUCUAUAAAACCUCCUUUGUAAAAGCUCUAUAUCCCAUUCACCAUAGGGAGUAUCAGAUACUGAUAUUACAGAUACUGAACUAUACCUUGUUAAAACAGGACUACAAAAAUACUGGGAUGCCUCAUAAAAAGCAUGGACAAUAUUUUCAAAGUAAAGUUUAGUACCAGAAAUUACUUGUAAGUUACAGGUAAAUGAUUUGCAAAAAAAGAUGAAGACCAUUGACUAAUUCUUACAAUAUUCUAAUUGAUUUGAUUUAAAAUAAUCUGUAAAGUUUUGGGGGCGAUUUAGAAAGUUGUGUACUGACAACCACAUUUUUUAUGGCAGAAUGUAACCUGAAACUGAGGGUCUGUAGUGACAAAACAAAUGUGCUAAUGAGCACUCUUGUACCAUUACAGUUUCCACUACUGACUUUCUGUAAAAUCUGGAGCUGCUUUCAUUUCCUCAUUUUCAAAUAUUGGAAACCAUUUUUCUUACUCUCAUCAGGACCCAGUAGCUUUAAAAAUUAAAAGUGGUAAUUUCUCACUGAGGCAUCAAUUCCUUCUCUCUUUGAUUUGACUAAGAUCACCCAAAUUCAGUGAUUGUUUUGGUUCACUUAUGAAAAGUAAGUUCAGAGGGAGGUGGUGAUGGUUCCCUCCAUUUCUGUCCCCCCCACAGCACGUUCCUGAAAUUGAAUUGGCCAGGGAGGUUUUUCACUUUUCUUAGAGGUACCCAAAACUCUGCUCUUAUCCCUUUCCUGCACAGAACCCUUCCACCCUUUGGUAAACUUUUUAGCAUUAAAUACAUUUAAUAUCCAAGUCAGGAUACAUUUACAGAUGUGUUUCUAACAGCAGCAGCCAUCUCAGAGUCCUGAACAAAUAUUUCAAUGAUAUUUCUUGUUUCUUAUUUUCAGUUCUACUGUAACUUGUUUCCCUUUCUAAGGAAAUAGAACUAGAGGAUUGGUGUUACAAAAGAUACAAAUAUAACCAUUACUAUUCAAUACCUGUUAGUGAAAAUAUUGUUCCAGGAUCAGAUUUUUAUCAUAUUUCAAAUCUGAUUUGACUUUUUAAGGCCAGGAAGUUAAUAGAAAUAUGGUCAAGCAAUUAACUGUAGUUAUCAAAAAUUACUGCACUGUCACUAAAGUCUUUCAUAUCUUUAGUCAAAGGUUUGUAAAGAAAUUGCACCAGGUAGAGAAUGGUUGGGGAGGGGUUGAGGGAAGGGUUGGGGGUACUUUUGUUUAGUAAAGUCUGUUAAAUUGUGCUUCAGAUAGAAAAUGUCCCCCUGAGCUGGUUUUCUAACGCUGCUCUAUGUUUUUGCAAUUUUGUUAUUCCAAAGUAGUUGCUGUUUGUAAAAUAAACUUUUGUACAUAUCUGCAAA